GCAUGCUCAUGUCGCUCUGCUCUCACUGAAACGUUCUGCUCAUACCUGCAUCAGAUUUUCACAACAAAUCGUCUGAACCCACAGAAAAUCGUCAUAAAUUGCAGGAAUGCUUAGGAGUGAAUGGUGACCAGGGUACUUAGGCCAAAAUCUGGUACAUUUCAGCAAAAUUGGGUAGGGGUGAGAGAACUGCUCAGUGUUCAGCUGCAGGACUGUACUGAACAAGAUGAAUUAAUAGCAAAACCAGCGGGUCUGUUUCUAACACUGCCUUUCAUUGCCACUCAGCAAGUGGACACGUGACACGCCUCACCUUCCAUUUCAACACAGGGUUUACCACCUCCCUUAUUCCCAUGCCACAUUAUUCAUUUCUCCCUAGUUCUGGGCACAUAUGCACCCCGCAACCACGUUCCCGCAUCCUGGAUGGCCACAACCCUAUCCUCCACGCAACCAAUCAGUGGGACUUUCGCACCAUUCAUCUCCUUAUGCAUUUUGCAGCGUUUCACCGCCUCUUUACGUUGUUGCGCCGGGGAACACGCAUGUCCCGGAUGGGGCGGAAGUGCUGUGUUUGGUACUAGAAAGACGGGAAAUCUGGAAUUGGAGCCGCCGUGUCUGUGCUGUCAACUUUGACACCCGGGGUGUAUGGGGAUCACUUCCUGAGCUGGGUAAUUAGAUAAAAGGCAUUGUGUGACCACACUGCUCCUUGUGCUGUACCUUUCUCCGGGUUUCACACAGACUGCAUGUGAAGCCUUCCAAUUUGACUUUGCUAUAAGAGAAGUUUUAUUUAAACAUCCUAACUGAAGUAUUAACAUUAAUGACAACGGCUUCUUCUGAGUAAUUUGAGCAACAGAGAACUACAGCACAGGACCAAAACAUCUUCCCAAACCCAAGAUGUCAGCCAUGGAGAACGGACAGGAUUUAGCAGAGCAGCCGCUGCAACAACAGUUAAGACCUUGCAAAGACGCAGAAUAUUUUGAGAGGUAAAGAAACCCAAAAUGCAGGAUUCUGGAGAGGAGGGUUUAAGUCAAGUGGGCAACAAUGAAAGCAGUGAUAGAAAAGCAGAGCCAUCUUCAAAUAUGUCAUCAAACCAAACUAUGCCCAGUGAAAUUCUACCCUGUGCCGAUUACAUUCUACGUGCAAAUGACUAUGCUUCACAGAUCUAUCCUGCAAAAUCAUAUACCCACAUCCUCUCGGUACCAGUAGCAGAAACUGUGGCAACAUAUACUGGGCAAACACAGUAUCAAACUUUGCAGCCAUCUCAGCCAUACACCGUUUACCCUCAGGCUUCACCAACAUAUGGUCUACCUCCCUUUGGAGCCUUAUGGCCAGGUAUCAAAUCUGAAAGUGGAUUAAUUCAGACACCAUCUCCACCUGCUGCGCUAACCUCAUCAGGAGUCACCAGCAGUCAGUCCAGUCCUGUACUCUACUCAUAUCCUGUGCAAGCUUCAUCAACAAAUGCCAGUGCCAUGUCUAGCCCUUCAACCAUUGCAAAUAUUUCAAUCCCAACAGUUACCAGCAUCUCAAGCCAGGAGUACCCAUCAUACACAAUUCUUGGGCAAAAUCAAUAUCCACAGUGUUACCCAAAUCAAGGUUUCCCAUCAGCAGCAUCCUCCAGUAAUGCAGAGGCCAACUCUGCUACGCCAUUGUUUCCUACUGAUAAAUCAGAAAACACAGUGCCAGCACAGGCAUCUCAGCGGCCACUAGCUGACAAUGCUGCUGGGCAACCUAUGAUGAGAGCAAUGGGCAGCCAGGAAACUGAAGAGCAAAAUAAGAAAGCUGUGCCAGUUAAGAACAGAGGGAAGGGUAAGAAAGCAGAUGCCUCCUCACCACAACACGGCGAUCUUGAGCGUGUAUUUUUGUGGGACUUGGAUGAGACCAUUAUCAUCUUUCACUCUCUGCUCACCGGGUCAUAUGCACAAAAGUAUGGAAAGGACCCUACAUUGGUGGUUGAAUCAGGUUUGGCCAUGGAAGAGAUGAUCUUUGAAGUAGCAGAUACACAUUUGUUUUUCAAUGACUUGGAAGAGUGUGAUCAGGUUCAUGUGGAAGAUGUAGCUUCUGAUGACAAUGGUCAGGAUUUAAGUAACUACAGCUUUACUACGGAUGGUUUUAAUGGUACAGCAGGUGGUAGGAAUCACACCACCAAUGCUGGAGUGCAGGGAGGCAUGGACUGGAUGAGAAAGCUGGCUUUCCGAUAUCGAAAAGUUACAGAGGUGUAUGAAAAAUACAAGAACAAUGUUAGCGGCCUUUUAAGUCCGCAGCGGCGCGAUUCUCUCCAGAGAUUGAGAGCUAAUAUAGAGGCUCUGACAGAUGGCUGGUUAGGAACUGCUCUAAAGUGUUUACUGCUUCUACAAUCCAGAAAGAAUUGUGUGAAUGUUCUUAUAACAACAACACAGUUGGUCCCUGCACUGGCUAAAGUUCUGCUUUAUGGAUUGGGUGAAGUGUUUCCUAUCGACAAUAUCUACAGUGCCACAAAAAUAGGAAAAGAAAGCUGUUUUGAAAGAAUAGUGACAAGGUUUGGGAAAAAAGUUACUUAUGUGGUAAUUGGAGAUGGGAGAGAUGAAGAGAUGGCAGCAAAACAGCACAAUAUGCCCUUCUGGAGAAUUACAAACCACAAUGACCUCAUCUCACUACACCAAGCUCUGGAAUUGGACUUCUUGUGAGGAACAGUGUAAGACAGUGGACUUUACAAGACUGGCUUCAAGCUAUAGACUUAAGGUGAAAAUGUAACUGAAAGACUUGGCUCAGCUUCAGGUCCAGAAAUACGGCGCUUUUUCCAGUUUUAUACAAGGUGCCACCAUUCAUCAGUUUCAAGAUCCUCCUCUAGGCUUCUGCCUUCCUCCAUAGAGCCCACUUUUAGAUAACCAACUUUUUCUCCAUCUCCUAGAGGACUUUGCCUACUGAUGGCUUUCAGUGGAAGUUAUUUUAAUGCAAGUAGGGGAUUUCUACACCUGCUAGUCUUUCCACAGUGUCUGUUCUUCAGAAUCCGUAAAUGAUUGUAGUGGUGGAUUCUGUUUUUCCUAUGAACAUAAGCCUUCCCACCUUAAACAAAUCUGAGAUUGUCUGCAUCAGACUAGAUACUACUGCUCUACUGCUCUCUGCCAUGGAGUGUGCACCCAUCAGGUUACAAAUACACUUCUGGGAAUUUUAAUAUUAACUCGGCAGAAAAGCAUUUGCGUAUGAUGAUUUAUUUUUUUCUGGACUGCCAUUCUGGAAAAGUUUCUGAAAUACCUCGAUGGUGGGGGAGAAAACGCCCCUGCCAUUAUUUCACCUUGGAUGACAGUAACUUAUUAAAAAAAUUUUUUUUUUUGUUCUUUCA